UAUGUGCCGAGCAGCCUGCAUAUCUUGACACCUCCAACUUAGUUGUUUCUAACUGUGUUCAUAUUGUGCCUAUUUCUUUUUUUUUUAUUGGAUAUAAAUGACUGAUUUCCAAAUGGUUUCCUCAGAUUUUACAGCAGAUGAGAAGAUGGAGAUUGAGAGCAUUAAGACGUAUAAGGAAGACCUUCUGGAUGAUAUCCAGAAGCUGAAGAUGCAGAUAGACAACGUAAUGGCGGAAAUACUCAGCUUUGAGGAAAACAAGACGAUGGAGAAGGACAAACACUCCUCAAAGGGGAAGAAGAAAUUCAACAUGGACCCCAAAAAGGGCAUCAAUUACUUGGUGGAGAACAAGCUGCUGGAUGGAGGCGCUCAUUCCAUCGCCGAGUUCCUCUACAAAGAGGAGGGACUCAACAAGACGGGAAUUGGAGAGUUUCUUGGAGAAAGGGAGGAGCUCCACCUCCAGACCCUGAAGGCCUUUGUGGAGCUGCACGAGUUCUCCGACCUCAACCUGGUCCAGGCCCUCAGGCAGUUUCUGUGGAGUUUCCGUUUGCCUGGCGAAGCCCAAAAGAUCGACCGCAUGAUGGAGGCCUUCGCCACGCGCUACUGUGACUGCAACACUCAUGUCUUCCAGUCGACCGACACGUGCUACAUCCUGUCUUUUGCCAUCAUCAUGCUGAACACCAGCCUCCACAACCCCAACGUGAAGGACAAGACCACUCUGGAGCGCUUCAUCUCCAUGAACAGAGGCAUCAACAACGGAGAGGAUCUACCCAAUGAUCUGCUCUCGAAACUGUAUGAGAGCAUUCGCAACGAGCCUUUCAAAAUCCCAGAAGAUGAUGGGAAUGAUCUGACUCACACCUUCUUCAACCCUGACAGAGAAGGCUGGCUCCUCAAACUUGGAGGCCGAGUGAAGACGUGGAAGAGGCGAUGGUUCAUCCUGACCGACAGCUGCCUCUACUACUUUGAGUUCACCACUGAUAAAGAGCCCAGAGGCAUCAUCCCUCUAGAGAACCUCUGUGUGAGAGAAGUGCCGUAUCCCCGCAAACCGUACUGUCUGGAGCUGUACAACCCCAACAGUCGAGGGCAGAAGAUCAAAGCGUGUAAAACAGAGACUGACGGACGAGUGGUGGAGGGGAAACAUCAGUCCUACACCAUCUGUGCCGCCACCGCCGAGGAGAGAGACUCCUGGAUCGAGGCCAUCAGAGCAAGUAUCACCAAAGAUCCGUUCUACGACCUGGUCUCAGUCCGCAAGAAGAAGGUCAUAAACCAAGCGCCUCAGGACUGAGCUGUCCCCCUAUGGAUGCUUACGGUACUGCACCACCGUGGGAUUUUGACCCCCUUUCACUUGUAUUUACCACUGUGCAACACAUCUGUGCGAGGACACUGGAGGCCAGACAGACUGGCACUGAGGGCAGUUGUUUGGGCUAAAAGAGGGACUUCUCUUUCCACUUCUCUUUUUACAGACUGAGCUUAACAGUGUCAAAGGUGGAAAAACAUUGACUCGUUUCUGUUGCCCUCCUUCUUCACGUGACAAGCCACAGAGCGUCGGCAAGAUGGUGUUAGUGAAAUCUCUUCAGCGGUUGUGGAUAUUUUUAUUUUUCUGUUUACAUCAUUAUUAAAGAAGUGGCUGUGUAUUUACCACACUUGUUUUUAUAUCUCCUAUACAUGAGAGGAUUGGUGGCAUUUGGUUGAUGAUUGUCUACUCCACAAGAUUUAUUUCCAUGAAGACAAAUCAUGCAUGUGAUCUCUCAGCACUUCCAUGAAUGCUAUAAAAAAAUAAAUGCAAAAAGCAGUGUCUUUCUCAGCUUCCUAACAGUUCUCACACGGCCCAGACACUUGCAAGUAAAGUAACAGUAAACAGCUUUCUGUUACUGUGCAGUGGGUCAUUUUAAGGUUCAGUACAAAAGUAAGGGUCUUUAGUUUUGGUGUCAUCUGACCAUCUGCUUGUUUAUGAGAUGCUCCAGUUUGUACAGAAAUAAUUUCAUGCAUUUUCUCAAGCAUUUUGGUAUUUACUCUUUCUGUUCUUUUCUAAAUUUGUGAUACUUUAUAGAGUGACGUAGGAUUUACCUUUUAAUAUAGAAGCCUGCUUUUUUAAUGUUUCACUUAAUUAUAAAGCAGUGCAAUAAGUGCAAUAUGAAUUAGGUCUGAUUUGUUACGAAUGCAAUGUGUACGCUGUAAAAUCUUAAAGAAAUCGUUGAGCUGUUCCUUAUAUUGUAAGCCAUUGUAACUACUGUACACCAUAUAGUGUGUAUCAUUGUAAAUAUUGUAUGCAUUUUGGUCUCAUGAAAUAAUUAUUUAAUAAACUGUGACUGUUGA